CUCCCACAGACACACAGCAGAGAGGAGAGGAGAGAGAGAGAGGGAGCAAACAAGACGCUAUCAUGACGCCGUGGCUCCAGGCUGGAAAACAGAAACAGUCACACUGACCGGGGGCUGCGUCUGAGGAGGACAUGAGACAAAAAGCAGAAGAUAUGAGAGGAACAGGAGACCAGCGACAUCUACAUUCGUGUGACCUACAUUACUGCUCCUAGAAGAUCUUUAUUGCUACCUUCUCCUCUGUUGGUCCUACCUGCUGCACAACCGUCCUUCCCCCAACUGUGGAUUGAACCAUCUGCUCCUGGGCACUGGGGAUGGAGGCUGCUCUCAGUUUGGAUCCUCUGAGAAUUACAUCAACAUCAAAGUCUGUUGCGUUUCCCUACAUCAGACCUGAAGAGGACGGAUUUUGUUGUUUUAAGGGACAUGCUGCUCUGGGAACAAGAAACAUCUUGAUGACGAAAGGCAUUUUAAAUGGGAAUAUUGGGAGUUCUGGAUGUCUUGCCCCUUAUUAAACCAUUCAGAAGUCAGUAGUGGAUUGUACACUAAAAUAACAGAAAAACAAAUCUAAAUCUGAUCUUCAGCACUCUUUCCUGGGUGUUGUGUGGAAAAGUCUUGCAGGAAGGGGUUACGACCCUCUAAUUGUGAUUGCAAGCUCCAGAAAAGGGUGUGUCUGAAUGUCUUGGCCCUCCAUAUGUCUACAGAAAUGCAUCCAAUUUUCACAACAAAAGCCAUGCCUCGCCUAAAAUCCAUCAGUUUCAAAUACUCUUAAGAAGUUAAUGUGAAUGAUUUUCACCGUCCUCUCUGAUGCAUAAUGGAAUGAAUUGUGAGACAAAGACAUAAAAAAAACCCUUGUAUCUGAACAAGCCCCCUCUCCUGGCUACACUGUGGCAUAAGGGGUGUGUUUGGAGGUUCAACCCCAGCUGGCUGGCGCUCGCAGAUGGAGGCCCACCAACACUCCCCAGAUAGCAGCAGUGAGGAGUGCACCGUCCUGGAGGCUCCACCCGGCAAAAAUGCCUGCCCACAACAUUCGGGGAAGGUGGCAGACCACUACUGUUCAGCAUGUGAGUGUGCGCUGUGUGAGGACUGUGUAGGGGACCAUGUAGAGCACCCUAAAGUACCCCUCAGCCAUGCCCUGGAGCAGCACCGGAGCAGCCUGCAGGAGAGCCUGGGGACUAUCCAGAGCAGGCUGCCUCAGAUUUCAGACGCCCUCUCCUUCAUUAAAGAGAUUCUUCAGCAGCUGACAAAUCAGAGAGCUUCCAUCGAAGAGGACAUCCAGUCCAGCUUUGAGGAUCUGCACAAGCAGCUGGAUGUCCGGAAGAGUGUUUUGCUGAUGGAGCUGGAGGUCACAUAUGGACUCAAACAGAAGGUCCUCCAGGCCCAGGUUGAUAGCCUUGUCCGGGGGGAAGGUGACAUCAUGGCCUCUAGUACUCAGACGGAAGAGGCUCUGGCUGGGGAGGCAUGUGUGGCAAGCCAUCAGGUGGAACGGGAACUGCAAGAGAAUCUUCGGGAGCUUGCCGGACUCGGGCUACCAUGUCAGCCAGAGGAGAACGAUCAGCUGGAUCUGAUAAUGGAGACUGACGGGUUAAGGAAGUCUAUACACAACUUAGGGACCAUCGUUACAACCAGUGCCGUGGCAAGCCAGAGUGAAGCCAUGGGUGCAGGCCUGGAGCAGUGCAUUGUGGGACAUCCUUCCUCUGUUACCAUAGUGACAAGAGACAAGUCAGGUGGAGCCUGUAAGAGUGGCAAUGCAAUCCUGUCAGCGGAGGUGUUCACCCCUGAUGGAAGCAUAGUGGACGGUGAAAUAGUGGACCACAAGAAUGGAACCUAUGAGUUUGUGUACAUAGUGCCAAAGGAGGGUAACUUUUCGUUGGCUCUUCGUCUGUAUGACCAACACAUCAAAGGAAGCCCCUUCAAACUGACAGUCAGCGGCGCAUUUGAGGCUGAAGUCGAGGUGUCCCCCUCCACCACCACUGCAACGAACUCAGCUGCCUACGCAACCCCAUCCACGGGCUCCUCUGAGGGGGCAAAACGACGAGGAAAGUCCCCCGGCCAGAAGAAGAAAGGUUCCAAGAGGGCCAGCAGCGCCCUGGGCACCCCAAGACGCAAAACCCAGAACCCCAUUGAGGACGACCUUAUCUUCAGGAUUGGAACAAAGGGGAGGAACAAAGGAGAGUUCACUAAUCUUCAAGGAGUGGCUGCCUCUUCCACUGGCAGGAUCCUGAUUGCUGACAGCAACAAUCAGUGUGUUCAGAUUUUUGCAAAUGAGGGGGAAUUCAAGAGCCGUUUUGGGGUGAGGGGACGAUCACCGGGGCAACUACAACGUCCUACAGGGGUAGCUGUGCACCCCAGUGGUGACAUCAUCAUUGCUGACUAUGACAACAAAUGGGUCAGCAUCUUCUCCUGUGAAGGAAAGUUCAAGGCAAAGCUUGGCUCUGGGAGACUCAUGGGGCCAAAGGGUGUGACCAUAGACCUGAAUGGAAAUGUGAUAGUUGUUGACAACAAGGCAUGCACUGUCUUCAUCUUCCAGAUGACUGGCAAGCUCAUCACCAAGUUUGGAAGUCGAGGCAAUGGUGACAAACAAUUUGCAGGUCCACAUUUUGCAGCAGUAAACAAGAACAAUGAGAUCAUUGUGACUGACUUCCAUAACCACUCUGUCAAGGUCUUCACCCCAGAGGGAGAACUGGUGUUGAAAUUUGGAUCUAACGGUGAGGGAAAUGGCCAAUUCAAUGCUCCCACUGGUGUAGCUGUGGACAAUAAUGGGAACAUCAUUGUAGCUGACUGGGGCAACAGCAGAAUACAGGUGUUUGAUGGCAGUGGCUCCUUUCUGUCCUACAUCAACACGUCAGCAGACCCUCUUUAUGGACCCCAAGGUCUGGCUCUGACCUCAGAUGGACAUGUGGUAGUGGCUGACUCUGGUAACCACUGCUUCAAAGUCUACCGCUACCUACAAUGAUGGAGGCUGGGAUGGAGGUGUAAAGCCAAUGGAGGAGAGACGGACAGGGGAAGCAGUUGAUGGAGUGGAGCGAUAAGGUGCAUGACGUCCAAUUCUAAGAAUUGUUGCAUGAAACUCUACUGCUGUGUGUAAGAAAGUAAAGGAGGAUUGGGUAGAAAAUAAACGAUAACAAAGAAGAAGGACCAGCCAUAAUUACAUCACUAUACCAAAAUGGAGAAAAAAAUCAGGUUGACAUCAUGAUGAUUCUGAAACAAUCAAACUGGGAUACUGGAUGAUAAAGACUGGGCUCUGAAGCACACUUACCUUAAAAUCUGAAUAGAGGAGCUGUUCAGGGAAAACUGGAAGAUGAUGGUCUAUCGUUAGAACGCUUAAUGCUGCCCUCAUGCAAAUUCAUCAAUUAUUACUGAAAAGGAUGAAAGACUGAUGCAAUGCUGGAGGAAGACCAGAUAUGCAACAACUGAUUGAAGAUGUCAAUUUCCACAAGUCCCUCUCUCUCCAAGUUUGGCAUCGGUAGAGAAAUAGAGAACUGGAUAAAAAUGGCUUUAAAGACAGGAUGAACAAAAAAGGUUACAGAAGGGGAGGAGUAAAACAUCUUUGGAAACAACCACGGUCUUAAACCCACAAUGAGGUGAAUUAUGGAUAACGGGAUUGAGAUUGAUCAAAGGCAUGAAUGAAUCAGUGUGUAUAUUUUGCAGAGAAUGGAUUGGAAUUUAAGUUUGCUAAUGUUCUGCCUUCUAAUAUUGUUUGUUUAAGACAAUAUAAUGGCAACUGUGCUAAAAGUGGUCUUCUUCUUGACAUCCUCUGUAACUCCCGAUUGUUACCCAAGAUUUCCCUUUUGUACCAAUGAUUACAUCUGAACACCACAACUCUAACUUUCGAAAGUUAACAAUACUUACCGACCAUCAGAACUAUUCAAGGGGCCCUUAAGCAAAGCACUUAACUGCAAACCUUUUCAAGCAAACUAUGAAAGGGCCUCCGAUGCAUGCCAGAUUUCCGUUACCUGUGUGGUUCAGUAUCCCUCAAAGAUGGCCUUAAAAACCAUUGUCAGACAGAUUAGGCCACUUUUAGCCUGUUGUACAUUGUUGGAUAUUAGGACUCUCUGAAAAUUGAAUGUUUAAUUUGUUUCUUGCCAUAUGCUAGUAUUCUUUACAAGUCUUUGGCAACAGAUUCAUCAUUUAAAAAGACUUCCUGUCUGUGAUUGUUUGAAUGAUCCAUUGGUUGGUUGACACAGUCGCUUUAAUGAGCAGUGUCGUUUACCUGUGCUUGGUUUGAGUGUAACUUAAUUUUUCCUGACAAAUCUGUGGCAAGUGUAUCCUAUAUUUGUGAGAAUACUUUUAAUAAUAUCAUGUCAAAUGUUCAAAUCAAUUAAUGGAACCAGCAACAUUUUACGUUUCAUCUCGUCAGCUUAAAGCAAGCAAAGGAAAUUCUACAAUGUUUUUAAAAAUCCGUCAUCACCCAUGAAAUAAUAAUGCGUCUGCGUUCGAGAAGCAUGCCUCUGUGUUAUGUGAAUGUGUGACAUCAAACAUAUCUCUAUGGACUUCAACAGUUCUUCAGCACUUACCAAAACUUACAGUAAAGUUGAUCAGUGUAAAGGGACAGGUGUUAAAUUUACAAAGCAUUUAGAAAUCACAAAAGCAAAAUGUUGUGAUAGUUCUGCAAAGCAUUUCCAUCAAUCAUUCGUUUUCAUCAGUUUUACCCCUUUAUUUUUAUUAUUGCUACACAGAAAACAUCAACUAGACUGACAGAUCCUUGUCAUAAAGGAAGUGGCAUCCUUACAGAAGUUUAAAUUCUGUUGUUCAGUGUAUUUAAAAAAACCUUUGAGUCCUCUCAGUAAACAUGUUGUAGUUUACUUCUUACUUUUAACUUCAUAUCUCGCCGUUUGAUUGUGUUCCACUGUGUGCAUUGAAAUUCUGAAGUGCCCGUUAUUUUUCUUCUUUUUCUACAUUUUCUUCAUGAUGUUGAGUUGCAGUAUGAUUGUUUGUUGAUAUAUUGUAAAUUGUGAUGGGACAAAUCAUUUGAUUAAGUAUAUUCUAUUAUUUAUUGUCAAAUGAAAGUUUUCAUGCUUUGCUAGCUCAGCUUGUACGCGUUGUAUUUAAGAUUGACACCAAUACACAUUUUUAAUUACAUUUGGAUAUAUUCACUGCAUCUGAGAACCAAGCUUUAACCACCUGAUGUUCAGUUCUGGAGGUUUUUUUUUUUAAUUACAAUAUCAUCUAUUUUGUAUGUAAUUGUGCAAAUUCUUAAGAUGACAAAAUCAAUGUUAUUUGAAGCCUUGGUUUUAAUGCUGAAUGCUAACAAUGCUAGCGAUCUGUUCUACAGGUAAAAAAGACAACCAUUCAUUUUAAUUAUGUCAGAAGUGCAUGUCAAAUAUGAAAAAUAGGUUAAAAAGAAGGUUGUAUAAGUCAAUGUGUUACCCUCUUUGUUUGUUGAAGCCAACUGUGCUGCUAAAUAUUUUAAUUUUGCAUAUCAACAGUCAUUAUUGAUUGGUUCACUAUCGAUUGGUUCAACCAAACCAGGUUGUGUUUUUUAAUUUUCCUGGGCCUUGUUUGCUGGAGUGUCAGCCUUAAUAUCAGCAGGACGUAUGAAUGUUUUUUCAAAAGGGGGUACGACAGACUUGCCAUUUCCAAACUUUUCGUUUUUAAUUCAUCUUAAGACAGUAAGAGCUAGAUACUAAUCUUUUGAAUCAAUAAGGUCAUUUGUAUAUUACAUAUCCAUUUGAGAGAACUUUUUUCUGAAAUAUAACCAUUUUCUUCAACUAAAUCUACACAAUGGCAAAUGCUACAUUUGGCACUACAUUUAUUAGAUGUACGACUUGUGUGCUUAAUUGAACGAGCUGGACAAUUUGAGUCAUUUGUUUUUUCCUCAAAUGGAUAUGUAGUGUGAUGGCACACAGUUCUUAAGUUUCUGAUCAGUUCCCAACAUUUUCACUUGCCUGCUUAUUUCCUCUCUGUAAUUGCUCUCUGUUUUGUCCGUUCAUUUUGGUUUGUCUUCAAUAUUCACAAACUCAACAUGGAAAUAAAGCAUUGAUUCCAAAAUGGCA